CGUUACGGUGCCAUCCUUCCGUAGUAACGUUGAUACAAACAAAGGCCCAAUUGAGUUAAAGCGACCACAGAUUUAGCAGCGAAGCUUGAGAAAACAGUCAUGUCGUACGAGAAGGUGGUUAAGGGAGCUACAAAGAUUAAGGUUGCUGCUCCUAAGCCCAAGUACAUCGAGCCCAUCUUGAGCGCUACGUACCAUAAGAAUGAGCUGAAAGAGGUUAUGUCCGCUCUUCACACCCGUCUGGGAGACUCGGCAUGGUCCAUUGUUUACAAGUCUUUGCUGGUUAUCCAUAUCAUGAUUAGAGAAGGCCACCAGGAUGCUGCAUUGUCAUUUCUGUCGUCACGGUCGGGGUUCUUGGAUUUACAGCACAUCAGGAACAUCAAGUCUGGGGACUCGAGAUCCCUGUUGCGUUACGGGAAGUACCUGUCUGUUAGAUCUAGGGAAUUCGGCUCGACGAAGAUGGACUUCGUCAAGGAUGCACAGAUCAACAAGGACAAAGGUGCAUUGAGGAAGCUGUCUGUGGAUAAAGGUCUACUCAGAGAAGUUGAAAGCGUUGAGACCCAGAUUAAGGCUCUAAUCUCUUGUAGAUUUGCAGAGGCCGACAUCAACAACGAUAUCGUAUUGACCUGUUUUAGAAUGCUUGUCAAUGACUUGUUGUGCCUUUAUCAGACCUUGAACGAAGGUGUUAUUAAUAUCCUUGAGCAUUACUUUGAGAUGUCCAAAUAUGACGCUGAAAGAGCGUUGGAGAUCUAUAAGACCUUUGUUACAUUAACCACUGACGUUGUUAAUUACCUGAGAAUUGCCAAACACUUGGAGUAUGCCACGAAAUUACACGUUCCGACUAUUAGACACGCUCCUGUUGCUUUAGCUGAUAGUCUCGAGGAUUAUCUAAACGACCCUAACUUUGAAGUGAAUAGAUCUCAGUAUUUGGCUGAGAAGGAGUAUAAGAACAACGGAAACGUUGUUUCAAAGCAGUCAAAGCAACAGGAUCAACAGCAGCAACAACAGGAU